CUUUAACGCUGCUCAUUUUUUUGGUCUUAGUUGGUAGUAAGACAGUAAAAUGGCAAGAACGAAGCAGACAGCUCGUAAAUCUACUGGUGGCAAAGCUCCGCGUAAACAGCUUGCCACGAAAGCAGCUCGUAAGAGCGCUCCUGCUACUGGUGGGGUAAAGAAGCCUCACCGUUACAGACCCGGCACGGUAGCUCUGCGAGAGAUCCGUCGCUACCAGAAAUCUACUGAGCUGCUUAUUCGUAAGUUGCCUUUCCAGAGACUCGUAAGAGAAAUCGCCCAGGAUUUCAAGACCGAUCUCCGUUUCCAGAGCUCUGCUGUCAUGGCUUUGCAGGAGUCCAGUGAGGCUUACUUGGUCGGCCUGUUUGAAGACACCAACCUGUGUGCCAUCCACGCGAAGAGAGUGACCAUUAUGCCCAAGGACAUCCAGCUGGCUCGCCGUAUUCGUGGGGAGCGCGCCUUUAUGCCUGAGCCAAAAGCUGCGCCUGCUCCCAAGAAGGGAUCGAAGAAAACCGUUUCUAAAAGUCAAACGAAGGGUGGAAAGAAACGCAGAAAGACUAGGAAGGAAAGCUAUUCCAUCUACGUGUACAAGGUACUCAAGCAAGUUCACCCCGAUACGGGCAUUUCUUCGAAGGCGAUGGGCAUCAUGAACUCGUUUGUAAAUGAUAUUUUUGAGCGCAUCGCCGUCAGUAAAAUGGCAAGAACGAAGCAGACAGCUCGUAAAUCUACUGGUGGCAAAGCUCCGCGUAAACAGCUUGCCACGAAAGCAGCUCGUAAGAGCGCUCCUGCUACUGGUGGGGUAAAGAAGCCUCACCGUUACAGACCCGGCACGGUAGCUCUGCGAGAGAUCCGUCGCUACCAGAAAUCUACUGAGCUGCUUAUUCGUAAGUUGCCUUUCCAGAGACUCGUAAGAGAAAUCGCCCAGGAUUUCAAGACCGAUCUCCGUUUCCAGAGCUCUGCUGUCAUGGCUUUGCAGGAGUCCAGUGAGGCUUACUUGGUCGGCCUGUUUGAAGACACCAACCUGUGUGCCAUCCACGCGAAGAGAGUGACCAUUAUGCCCAAGGACAUCCAGCUGGCUCGCCGUAUUCGUGGGGAGCGCGCCUAAGACACCGUUUGAAUUUACAUGUCAAAAAAGGCUCUUUUCAGAGCCGCCA